AUCACAAACUUAAUUCCAUGUCAUAUCAUCAAUUUCCAAACCAGUCUUCAUCUCCUUACUCAUUGUUCCCCAUGUCGAUUUCUGGCAUUCAAGGCCAGCUUCUUGAGGUCACUGUCGUUGGGUGUAAUAAGUUGAAAGAUACAGAAUGGAUUUCGAGGCAAGAUCCCUACGUUUGUGUUGAAUAUGCUAACUCCAAGUUCCGAACAAGAACACAUACUGAGUCGAACUGGGCUGAAGCUCAUGUUGAUAUGGAUGGUGUAGAUGGAGGUAAAAACCCCACAUUCCAAGAGAAGUUCGUGAUUCCUUUGAUUGAAGGGCUUAGGGUGAUCAAUGUUUAUGUCUGGAACAGCAACAGUAUCACAUAUGAUGACUUUAUUGGCGAGGGAAAGAUUCAACUUCAGAAGGUUCUGGAUCAGGGUUAUGAUGAUGCUACUUGGCCGCUUCAGACUAAAACUGGCAGAUAUGCAGGAGAAGUGCGUCUUAUAAUGCAUUACACAAAGCCUAAUGCAAGUGCAAAGCCUAAUAAACCAGCAGCAGGCUAUGCCCCAUCUGCACCUCCAUAUGGAGCACCACCUCCAGCAUCUGCAUAUGCACCACCUCAAAUGUAUGCACCACCUCCACCAGCAGCCUGCCCAGCUCCAUCUCCGUACCCUUCAUAUUCAUCUAAUCCUUCAUAUCCGCCCAAUCCAGCACCAGCGGGAUAUCCACCCAAUCCAGCACCAGGGGGAUAUCCACCCAAUCCAGCACCAGGGGGAUAUCCACCCAAUCCAGCACCAGGUGGAUAUCCGCCAUCCCCGUACAGUGCCCCUCCACCAGCUGCAUAUCCCCCUGCACCAUACCCCCCAUCUUCAACAUAUCCUCCCCCUCCAUCAUCAACAUAUCCACCACCUCCACAAGGCUCAUCCUUUUACCCUCCACCUCAAGGUCCAUAUGGAAUUUAUCCUCCGCCACCGUACUGAAAUACAGCUCCCAGAAAAAGAAGCAACUGUGAAGAUGUAGUGAUAACUAGCUAAUCAUGUAUAGCCUCUGUUGAGUGGUGGUGGUUGUUUAGGCCAUGGAAUUCUACAUUUCUUGCACAUAUGCACGCUUUCUUCUUCCAAGAGAUUGUUUCAUCUAUAAACAGGUUUUAGAUGGAUGAAUCUGUUUUAGUUUCUCUCUGCCUUUCUACUUCUAAUGUGAUUUUAAGUUUAUAGUGUUGAGGCACUGGAAAUUGCACCAGACGGAUCUAGUCAAGGCUUGUAGGCUGCACAUGUAAAACUUGUUUUCUAACAAGAUUGUGCUUAAAGUUUUCUAUGUAUGUAAUCAAAAGUUUGAAUUAUCAAAGCUGUGGAUUUGUUUGUCUUCAAAUCUGAAUCCUA